GCGCGCCGCGGGCGCUGAAAUUCAAAUCCCGGUAGCGGUUGGGGCGAGCGAGCCGUGCGCGGGCAGCGGCGGCACCGGCACAGCCAUGGACCCGUUCACCGAGAAACUCCUUGAAAGAACCCGUGCCAGGCGAGAGAACCUGCAGAGGAAAAUGGCAGAGCGGCCCAAGGCGGGGGUGAGACCCACAAUGCAGACCAAGAGGGCCAGGGAGCCUUUGGCAGAAACUGGUAACCAGGCACCUCUUCGCAGUGAUGAAGUAAAACCAGAUACAAAGCCAUCACCGUCAAAAAGGCUCUGCCCUAAUGAUAUAGAUACUCAAGCUUCUAGUUUGGAGAACGUACAGCCAGUUCCUUCAAGUUCCACAAGCUAUGAUUCUCCUCAGAUGACUUCAGAAUCACAGGAAACUGCUUCUAACAGUGCUUCAUUGGCUCAGCCUCUUGAGAAAGUAAAACCAAACACCAAGUCAGAAACUCCUGCAGCCCUUUCAGUCAAAACACGUAUGCAGAAGUUGGCAGAACAGCGGCGCUGCUGGGAUAGUGAGGAUCCCUCUGAAUGUGUUCCUCUGUCUCCUCUCCAGUCAAAAGAUCUGUCUGUUUCUCCACCUAAGCAGACAUCUAAUGUCCUGGCGAGUGAAACCCCUAUUGGGAGAAGAGGCCGUUUAGCUAACCUUGCUGCUACAAUUGGUUCCUGGGAAGAUGACCUAAGUCAUCCAUCUGCAAAGCAAAACAAUGCACAAGAACAGCCUGGCACUACUUGUUUAUCCAAAUUGUCCACUACAAGUGGAGCAUCUGCUAGAAUCAAUAGUAGCAGUGUAAAGCAGGAAGCUGCAUCCUGUUCUCAAAGGCUUGUUGAGGCUUCUAUUAAUAAACCAGCAAACUCAAAGAGAGCGGACCCAAACAAUUUUUUAGCACAGUCUUCAGGAGUCACUACUCCCUGUUAUAAAGAAUCUGAAGUACAACGACGGCCAACAGAGAAUCCCUGCAGUCCUUGGAAAACUGAAGAGCGUACACAAACAGCGAAGUCAGCUUUGCCUCAACCCGUUCAGCCCAAAGCAGAGCCAGUCAAAGGAACACAUGUGCAACUUGAACCUAAGGGUAAACCCACAACACCAGGGGGAUCAGGAAUUAAGCCCUUCCUGGAACGCUUUGGGGAGCGCUGUCAAGAGCGUAGCGUGCACAGCCCUGCUACGAAUACUCCGGGGUGCCGAACACCUGUCGUUACCACAAAUACAAGGACAAUCCAAGAGAGGCUUCUCAAACAGAAUGAAAAUUCCUCUACUGCCAGUUUAGCGCUUCAGCUUAAACAGGAGCGUGAGCGAGAACUUGCAUGCCUUCGUGGCCGAUUUGAUAGGGGCAAUCUGUGGAGUGCGGAGAAAAGUGACAGUUCAAAGAGGAAGCUUCCAGAAGCUAAAAUGGAAAGCCCGUCUCAGGCUAGUCCAAAACGUCCUCCUAGUUCAGAUGCCUCUGCUCUCGGAUCAUCAGAAGACAGGCCAGCAGGUGACAGGCCAGUAAAGUCUCCCAGUGUGGAGUCUUCAGACACUUCUAAAUGUGAAGAGGCUGAUAAACCCAGUCCUCUGAAGAUUACUGAAUCAAAGAGCCCUCUAAAAGCAAUGUCUGUCUCAAUGCUUGAACAACUUGAUGAGAAACCAAAAGCUGAAGUAUAUGAAGGCAAAAUGCGUGUGGAUGAUGAGAUGAAUAGCUCAAAAGUGAUAAAUGAGAUUUUUGAAAUUCUUCAAGAAGAUGGUCCAGAUAUAGAGAAGCUGAAGAAAGAAAUGAGCAUGAGCCUGGAAGGUGAAAGUGAUGAGGAUGAGCAGGAAGAGUCACUGAACAUUUCAUCAAUGUCUCUGUUAACCCCUCUAGUGGAAUCUGUUGGUUCAGAGGCCUUUGGUUCUCCUUCUAAGUCAACUGGGGAAGGUAGCAGUAUCAGUGAUGUAAGUCUGAAGUCUGAGAAGUUCCAAAGGACUAGAGUUCCCCGGGCAGAAUCUGGAGACAGCCUUGGCUCUAUGUCGGAAGAUCGCAACCUUCCUUACAGUGUUGAUGCGUACAGAUCCCAAAGAUUUAAAGAAACUGACCGUCCUUCAAUAAAACAAAUAAUUGUUCGCAAAGAAGAUGUUGCUUCCAAACUAGAAAUGAGAAGAAAUGGCCCAUCUGAUCAAGUCAAUAUCAAAAAGAAAAUGCAGGAACUGAACAAUGAGAUCAACAUGCAACAGACAGUGAUUUAUCAAGCCAGUCAAGCUCUGAACUGCUGUUUUGAUGAGGAACAUGGAAAAGGGUCACAAGAAGAAGCAGAAGCAGAGAGACUGCUUCUAUUUGCAACUGAGAAGAGAACUGCAUUAUUGGAAGAACUGAACAAACUGAAGAGUGAGGGACCACAAAAUAAAAGAAAUAAAGCUGCUUCUACAUCCCCUGAAUUUGCUCCCUCCAGGGGAUCUGUUUCCAUUUCAGAAAUGCGUCUACCUCUGAAAGCAGAAUUUGUAUGUGGUACAGUUCAAAAGCCAGAAGCAGGAAAUUACUACUAUGUAAUAAUACUGAGAUCUGGAGCAGAAAACAUGGUUGCAACUCCAUUAGCAAGUACUGCCAGUUCCCUGAAUGGAGAUGCUCUUACUUUUACUACAACAUUUACUAUGCAUGAUGUGUCAAAUGACUUUGAAAUAAAUAUAGAAGUUUACAGUUGGGUGCAGAGAAAAGAAGUUACAAGCACUGAUAAAAGGAAAAAGACAAAUAAAUCUAAGGUUAUUACUCCAAAGAGAUUAUUAACAUCUAUUACCUCGAAAAGCAACCUUCUUACUCCAGCCAUGGCCAGUCCAGGUGGCCCAAAUGCCAUACGCAGUACGAAUUUCAUCCUUGUUGGAUCCCACAAGUUAUCACUGUCUUCUGUAGGAAAUACGAAAUUUGUACUGGACAAGGUUCCCUUUUUGUCGCCUUUGGAAGGUCAUAUAUAUCUGAAGUUGAAAUGCCAAGUGGACUCUUUGGUGGAGGAGAAAGGAUUCUUGACUAUGUUUGAAGAUGUCAGUGGAUUUGGAGCGUGGCAUAGGCGCUGGUGUGUGCUGUCUGGAAAUUGUAUCUCCUAUUGGACAUACCCAGAUGAUGAGAAACGAAAGCAUCCUUUGGGCCGGAUAAACUUGGCUAACUGCACCAAUCAUCAGAUUGAACCUGCCAACAGAGAGUUCUGUGCCCGUCCCAACACUUUUGAACUAAUAACAGUCCGACCUCAGAGAGAGGAUGACCGAGAGACUCUUGUCAGCCAAUGCAGAGACACGCUCUGUGUUACAAAGAACUGGCUGUCUGCUGAUACUAAAGAUGAGCGUAACCUUUGGAUGCAGAAGCUCAACCAAGUACUUGUUGACCUUCGCAUGUGGCAGCCUGAUGCCUGCUACAAACCUACUGGAAAGCUUUAAACUUGGGAAGGAAACUACAUGAGAAAGGAAUAUAAAUGAAAAUGUGGGAAGUCCUCUGGGUCACUUAUGCUUUAAGUCUGAGAGAGUAUUUAACAUUAUACAGGACUAUGUUAUGCAGUAUUUUUAUUACACUUAAAAAAUUUUAAAACCUUUUUACUUCCUAGUUUUGAGUAUGGUAGGAAGCAAUAAACUGUUUCUAAAUGUGCUAAAUAUUUAUAUAACUACCUUUUUGGAAGUCUUCUAGCUAGGUGCAUUCUCUUUUAUAAACAGCUAAAUUAUUGCAGGAAAUCACACUUCAGGGCAGGAAGGGAGGCACUAGCUAGUGAAAGACAAGCUUUCUGGAUAACUCAGCUCCCUGAAAGAAAUCGUAGUUCAAAGUACUCUUAACAAGGAUGCUGCUGAAGCACAAGAUUUAAUGUUGUAGCAUUUGUUGGGGUUCUUUUGUAAUGAUCAAGCAUCAAAGUAACUAGACAAUUUUAUUUUGCAACAUGCAGUAUAGAUAAUUCUGCUUGUACAGCAUCCUUGUCAUCAGAACAAAAGACAUGCACAAGAUAUUCAUACUACUUUUGCAAUUUCUCAUGCAAACUAGUAUGGAUAAGUGCAUGACAUGUACACUAUGUGAUUUGCAGGUAUGGAAUUACAUAUGCAGUAUAUUGCACUUUGAUAGAAAUGGAAGGUCUUGAAUAUUUUUGUUAGGACUAUUAUAUAAAAAAUAAUCAAACAGAAAAAUUUAGGUGUAGAGUUGUAUGCAUCAGUAUUUCCUGGGACUUGUGUUUUUUACAAGCUAGAAUUCUCCAUUUGUGAACCAGGAAUAAGUUAAUAGGUUGAAUAGGACUUUACAAAGCUGCUAUGUACCAACUAACGCUCCACUGGCUGAAAGAAUGGGUCUUCCUCCCCUUGACAGACAUGCCCACAUAUGCAUAUAAAAACAGUACUUAAGACCCAUCAUGAAAAUGGCAAUAUUUCUCAGUUAAAACUUGCAGUUUUUACAGCUUUUCGCUGAGUGUAUUGAAAUACCAUUUCAUUACUUCACUAGGAAUGAAGUAGUGGAAAACUUAAGAUUGCUAUUGCUGUUAUAUAUUCACACUUGAAACACUAAAUUCUGUUACCUUAUACUGUUUUCAUCUGCCCCUUUUGUACUUGCUUUUAAAUCUCAUUUUCUUUUCUGAUGUCUUUAAAUAUUUCCAAACUAUGUAUAGAGAUUUUGUUCAUUUAAAAUAAAAAGUAAAACCCUUCCUGCUUUUUUCAUAAUGUCACCUAUGCAUUUGAGAUACUAAUUUGUAGGCUGAAGAAAAGUUAGACUCCACACAGUGUUUAAGGAAUGAGAUUGUGAAGACUUGGCUGUAACUAGCACUGAAUGUUAUAGUGGGAGGCCAGAUUGUCCAUGUGCAGCAGCUCAUCAAAUAUGAAGAGGAGACAUAGUUUUUGGGGCUUUCGUGACUGGGACAUGGCAGCAGAAUAACACAACAUGGACAGUGCAAGAGCAGAUUUCAGCAGUGGAUGUGUGGUAGGCUGUCUUAAACUCCCAAGUGAGUGUUAAAAAUCAUUAGAUUUUUAAUUAUGAAAUAAGUGUUACGAAAGGUGUUAAGAAGAGAACUGGGUGAUAGUCAGGGGAACAUUUUUAUUUAGGCUGAUUGGAUUAUUAUCCCUUGCGGAAACCAAUCUGUGUUCAUUGCCCAAGAAGAAGGAGUCCUCAUAAAGGAAAAGGUAUGAAGUGCAACAGGUGGUGUUAAGUCAUAAAAGCUGACCUCUGUUGUGACUUGUGGUCACAAGCUAUGAGUGGUGAGAACAUGGGCUCCUGCAGCCUGCAGAAGCAUGGGAUGCAAGCUUAGCAGGAGGCCUAUGCUUAUGGCUCUCCUGGCUGACACUGCUGGGUGCUGCCUCCUCCCCUCCCAUGUUCAUCUGCUCUUUUAAGGCUUUGCCGUGAGAGAGUUUACAGCAAUGGUUACCUAGUUUUUUCCAUGUUUGGAGCAGAUCCUUUGUAAAGAGAACAGACUGUGUGGAUUCAAAUAGCUUCAGGUAGGUUUGGAUGUUUUAUACCUCAAAAAGAGUUCCUACUGUCUGAUUUCAAGCAAAGCUUUAAGUUUUGUGAGAACUAUUUGUAGAGUAUAACAGCAAGAGAAUCUUCCCAUGUGCAGUGUGGUGGACCCUGCCAGUGACAUAAUCUCUCCUAUAUUCAGUCAUGUGCUCUGACUCCCCAAAAAAAGACCUUGACAGACCAUUCCUUCUAGAACUACACACUGCUAAUCAACUUUGAAUUGCAAGGGAUUAUAAUUAGCUUUCCAAGAGAAGUUUUUUUCCCAUUUCUCUUUUCCCUGUGUAUUUUUCACCUUCAACCAAUCUAAGCACCAUGAGACAGUUAACCUAAUGGAAUAGACUAGAAUGCAUAGUUUGUCACUGCUUUAGCAUAAGUAAGCUUUUUCAGCAGUGUUUUUUAAAUAUAGGACAUGUAUUUUUAGAUUGGUAUGGGUAAGUGAUUGAUGGCUGGGGGUGCAGAUCUUCAUCUGUUUUUUGCAUCUGAAAUAAUGGAGACAUAGUGGUUGUAAAAGCUGAUGGCUUAAUAGUCCCAAACUUCAUCUUUCUUUGCAUAUAGAUAGUUACUGCAUUACUUACAUGUCAGGAUUCUGCAUGCAGCCAGGUUUGGAGGUGCAGAGCUCACCCUGAGGUGCAAGGGCAUGUGCUUUGCGUAACGUGCCUUCAGGCAGGAGACAAGUCCAUUCAUUCCUUGGUGUCCCUCAGAGACCCGGUAUCCAGCAUGGAGCAAUUGUACUGGGCAAAUAUUUAUGUUGGGCUUUGCUGUGGAGAUUUCAGGUUGUCUUUGAAAAGCUGUUCGAAUUUUAUAAGAAACCUUUCCCCCCCCCCACCCUGCUAUUGUUCAGAAAUUCAAGAAGUUCACAAGUCUGUAAGAGAAAAAUGCUUUGCUCUGUGCAAUGAAGCUUAUUUUAGCUGAGGAAAUUUCAGUUUUACUACUUUGUAAAACUCCUAAUUGGUGUUAUUAAAUCCCAACCUCAAAUGAAAUACAAUAAUUUGCAAAGAAAUUGCCUUGAAAAUUAGGCUUCUAAACAUGACUCCCUUCCCCCUUUUAAUUGCUACGCUUCUGUAUGUUGAUGUAGAGAAAAUAAACUGAUAUUCUAUAAUUAUUGCCUGUGCUGUACUUGGGCUGUAGUAAAAACAUGG